GUCCGCUGUCACUCAUUGAGCUCCUGCUGCUCUGAGAGGAAUCCUGCGCUGCGACCGACAAAAAGAGAGAGAGGGAGAGAGCGAUAGAGAGCGCGAGUGAAUGAGUGAACGCAUCAUGGACAUUAUGUUACCCAUGUUAGAGGAUGAGCGGCACCUCAUGGUCAAACCGGACAUCCAGAUCUUUGAGCAGCCUAAGCAGCGGGGGAUGCGCUUUAGGUACAAGUGCGAGGGCCGUUCAGCUGGCAGCAUCCCCGGCGAGAAGAGCUCAGACAACAACAGGACCUACCCCAGUCUGCAGAUCCUGAAUUACAAUGGGAAAGGGAAGGUGCGCGUUUACUUGGUGACAAAGAACGAGCCAUACCGGCCUCAUCCUCACGACCUUGUGGGGAAGGACUGCAAAGAUGGCUUUUACGAAGCCGAGUUUGGCCCCGAUCGCAGGGUGAUCGCUUUCCAGAACCUGGGCAUCCAGUGCGUGAGGAGACGGGAGGUGAAGGACGCCAUCGUGCAGAGGGUCACCAGAGGCAUCAACCCAUUCAACGUACCACACGAGCAGCUGAUGCAGACCGAGGAGUACGACCUGAACGUGGUCCGCCUGUGCAUCCAGGUUUUCCUGCAGGACGAGAAUGGCCAGUACACCCGAUCACUCAACCCCAUCGUGACCAACCCCAUCUAUGACAACCGAGCACCGAACACUGCAGAACUGAGGAUCUGCAGAGUCAACAAGAACAGUGGCAGCGUUAAGGGCGGGGAUGAGAUUUUCCUACUGUGUGACAAAGUACAGAAAGAUGACAUCGAGGUGCGAUUCUUCUCCUCUGAUGGAUGGGAGGCCAAAGGCUCCUUCUCCCAAGCCGACGUUCAUCGCCAGGUCGCCAUUGUGUUCAAAACGCCACAGUACUACAACACCUCAAUAACAGAGUCGGUCACUGUGCACAUGCAGUUGCGGCGGCCUUCCGAUCAGGAAGUGAGCGAACCGAUGGAUUUCCGAUACCUGCCUGAUGACAAAGAUCCUUAUGGCUACAAUGAGAAAAAGCGCAGAAGAGAGAACUUGAUGAAGAUGACAGGACUGUCAAGUGGUCAUUUUGCUGGACUGCAGCCUAUGAACAGGCCCAAGGCAGUGUCACAAAGUACCCUGGGUCAUAUGCGGAAAGACGUCAGCAACAUGUACCUGAGGGCAUCUACAAUGAAUCAACAGCCUACUGUAUUUAACCAGCCCUUCCAGCCAAGCUCUCAGAAUGUAAUGAUGCCACCCCAGGUUUCAAGUUUGCAAGUCAGUCCUCAGUGGGUGAAUCCCAACCCCGCUUUGUCAAUGGAAACAGUCACCAUAAACCAGACUGGUGCCCUGAGGAAUCUGCCGCGUCCUAAUAGCAGCAGACUACAGCAGUCAAGUAGUGGACUGGCUUACCACCACAGAGUGGAGCCCAACAGCUGUGAGAACAACGCCCUCCCUCAGCUCUCCAUGAGGGACCUGCAGUGCUUGGACACAGCCCAUCACGCCAUUGCAAUAGGCCAGACAGAUUCCCAGCCUCUUUUUCACCUGCAGCAGGUUAGGGACGAGCUCACGUCUGAGACCCGAGCCCAGAACCAUCCAAGCAACCAGAAUGCAGGUCUCCAACAUGUGUGGAACAAUUUCAGUAACCAUAGCACAGCUCAGAACCCAUAUAAUGAAUCAGGUCCGGGUGAUGGAGGGGGUUCCCAGGGGCUGGCCUCUUACUCCUUCCUGGAAGGAAUGGAGGGGGAUGAUUUUAUGAAAAGCUUUGCUGAAAGAGGGGCUCAGACUGGCUUCCAGUUGAAGCAGGAACCCCAGAUGACAGUGGCGCAAGAGACCCACCUCAUGCAGUCUCCAAGAGACAGCCAGGGAAACACUUACAUCAAUUUACUUACUCGUCCCAUGAGCAAUGGCAACAACGUUGAUCCAAUGAGGCAAGACUGUAGUAGUAACAGCCAGCCUUUUAAAAAUCUGCAGAGUCCCUACUCAAACAAUGGCAUGACUUCAGAAGUCCACUUUAAAACUUUGGCCGAUUGGCUCAAAUCACCUCAGCAGAGUGACUAAUGGAGAAGCAUCAAGAAACAGACAUAGAAAUAGAAAUAGACUUGAGCUGCGGAGGGAGUUGGUCUUUUUAACCGUCCUGACCUGAUAGGACUAGGUGGGCUCUGCUUGGGUUAUUACCUGUGUGAGCAUGAGACCAAAAUUAAAGUCAACUAGCUGGAUCCAUAUCCAGACAGCUCUCCAAGUUCCCUCCUAAGCAACAAUUACAAAUACUUCUUCCUACAUUCAAUCAAACAAUUAAUAAUCUAUAGUCUUGUCAUGGUUUUAUUUCUAACAGAAAGGAUGGACCCCAUUCAGUUUCCCCGCAGAUCUGAGAUAAUGAACAGGAUGUGUGUCCAGAAUCUUGCCCCCCAUAAUGCCAUGAAAUGCUGGGAUGUUUCUAAAUGUGCAAAACUUGCUUCAUUGUUUGAAUCAAAGCUAGCUAAGGGGACUGAGCUCACAGCACUUGGGUCGGCAAAGCUAAAGCUUGUGUGCAGAUGAAACCUGCCUCCAAUCAGAAUGAGGAUGAUGAUCUCACCAAGACAGCAUUGUUUUAAUCUAAAAAUAGAUUUUCAAAGAGCUGAAUGUACUACUUUCUUUCUUUGUCUUUCUCGGGCGACGAUACAUCCACUCUCAGCGCAAUGUAAAGUAAUGUAUGUGUUUGAGCUUGACUGAAACAAGAGCAAACGGAUGCUGUGGCCUGUCAUGAUGGGUUUUUAUUGCUUUGUAAAGGACAAAUACAUGUUAUAGUGUCCAUUAAAAUGUGUCCCUGUUUGUUGUUUUGUAGCAGACCUCUGUUAAGUGCACUCUGUACAUACAUGUUAGCCAUAGUUGAGAGUCAAAGCAAUAGUCUUGCUGAAACACUCAGAAACUGGCAAGGUACUGAAAUUUCCAUUGAGGAAGUGGUAGGAAGCGCAGUCAGUUGUGUCUUUCCUUUGUAAUGACUAUGUCAUAUCAGUGAUCACAUGUGCUAUCCACAGUUCUCAGAGCUAUCUAUCAGUUUCUAUCAGAGUUUUUAUAAGUACAGAUGUUGUUUGUGUUCUUCUGAUGCUCUUUGUCAAUUUCCUCCCAAGCGGUUUGUUGGGGCUCGUGAUGACUAUAGACAAACACCGGCUCAGUGCAGGAGCCCGCUGGGCGACUUGUAGCCGUCUAAACUCAGCCUGCCAUGUUUUAUCAUUGGACCUUUCUGAAGCUUUCUUGUAAUGAAAGUAAAAGUUAAAACUUGCCAUGUUUUUGUCUACAAGAUAUUUUCUUAAUAAAGCAUUGUUUUUUACUUCUGCCA